AUGAACACCCUUCUUCCAGCGUGUCGAGCAGUCAAGAGGCUGCUCACUGAGUCUAAGCAAACCGGCGAUCCCGUCAAGUUUCACGUCGGUGGCGGCCGUGAAGCUCGACCGGGAACGAUCAUUGCUGCCGGCUCAAUCAUGCUGUCAGCUUACGCGGAGGAUAUCGCUUGCGGUGUCUAUGCCGCCUACGCCCACUUUCGCCUCAUCCCCAUCUCGACCUUCAGGCGCAAUGUUCCAGUACCUCCCGCUUGCACAAGUCCAAAGGGACGCUUGCGCACCUCGUUGGCCUCGUGCGACUGUGCCAAUCGCAAUGCUGAAUUGCUCGGGACCUACCUGUCGCGCCGUCACCCACACGGCAAGGUCGUAUGGAGGUCUGUUAUCGUCUGCUUCCGAACGGUGCGACGUGAUUUUGGUCAACCAGCUCAGGAAGUCAAAGCGACUCCCUGCCUUGCUUGA